AUCUCAUCAUUCCCUGCUGUUCAGAUCUUGCAACUAGAUACCACCCCGCGGAAGUUGAGGCACUAACUUGAUCACCUAACAAUGACCGUUACCUGAUGGAAAGGUUUCUGUCUCGCUUUUAUAAUGCUGAGCGGCGAGAAAAUAUGUAGGAAAAGCAUGUCCUUCGCAGCGACUACUACAUUGCGCAUUACGCUACGCCACCUCAAGACUGUUUGGCUUUUCACCAGAUCCGACUACAAGACAAUACUCUUCCCGGUGACCAUAUUCGCACUUGUUUUAUCUCCUCGUCGUAACCCGCUAGCCCUAUCUCGUGCUCUGUGCUGGGUCUGGUUCCAUCUCCUACAAGCCAACGUCUCUAACCAAACGUACUCCGCGCAUGAAGAUGUGGUGAAUAAACCAUGGCGUCCUGUGCCGUCUGGGCGCAUUAGCGUCAGGGGUUGUCGUGCAUUGCGCUGGCGACUGAUGGUAUUCUGCUUGGGUCUUUCAUCUCUUUCCAGCGUCAACGUGCUGAUAUCUAGUGCGUUGUUAACUGUGGUCGAGAUCGUGCAUGACGAUUUUGGUCUCAGUCACCAUCCUGUUUUUAAGAAUUUGUGCAAUGUAGGGGGCUACGCGACUUUUGAGAUCGGUGCUACGUUGGUCCUAUCGGGGGAAUCCUACCUUGACGGAACGAGCAUAACAGCACUUACUUGUAGCGCGCUUGUCAUAUUCAUGACAAUUCAUGUGCAGGAUUUCGCAGACGCAAAUGGUGACCGCAUGUCAGGACGACGAACUCUGCCGAUUGUGGCGCCCGAAGGAUCCCGUAUAUAUGUGCUCUGCGUGCUCCCGCUGCUUUCUCUUGGUCUCGCCUCCAUUUGGAGUCUGGGACCUCUAUGCAGCGUUUUGUUUGUGUCUAUAGGCUUUGGGGUUGGACUUCGGUGCUUUCUUUUCCGCGACGAAAUUCGUGACCAGUCAACGUACCUGCUGUAUAAUAUGUGGCUCUUGGGUGCUCAUCUCUUGCCAGCUAAUGCACGAUUUCGUGUAUUGGCGUGGUAG